UACAACAGCCAAAGCCGGCAAAGAUCCUCUUCAUCUUCAAGAGAUGGCAGAGCUUAUGGCUCAAGGUCUUUUUUAGGAGAGAGAAGCUCCUAUCGCAGGAGGGGAGGAGCCAGACUACGCACUCAGACCGACAAAGAGUCUCAUCAAUAAUUUCCAGAGCUCAGAUGUCUCCAAAAAAUAUUUUUGGAACAAGCAACAGUGACCAUCAUAGUACCUCUGUGGACCACACAAGCUUGGUUUACAAGGCUUCUAAGUCUCCUGAUCCAUCGGCCCAGAAUGUUCCUUGUCACCAGGAAAGUGCUUUGCCAUCCAGUUCACUGAGAUGUUCAUCCGCUGAGCCGCAAACUGCAACUCAUGGCAUGCAAGGUAUCAGGCAACAGUUCAUUGAAUGCAACAUUUCUGAGGACAUUACCAAUGUCCUCAUGUCCUCAUGGAGGCCAAGUACACAGAAGCAAUAUGAGGUUCACAUCAGGAGGUGGGGUGGAUUUUGUCUACAGAGGAAAGUUGAUUCAUUGCGCCCAAAUAUCAAUGAUGUGUUAGAGUUUCUGCACAGUUUACACAUCAAAGAGCUAUCCUAUUCCACAAUUAAUACAGCACGUUCGGCUUUGUCGAACUAUUUAAUGGG